UUCACCAAUGUCACGGUGCUAGAAGCCUCAGACCGUAUCGGAGGCAGAGUGCAAAGCAUUCAGCACGGUAAAACCACUUUGGAACUUGGAGCAACCUGGAUCCAUGGGGCAAAUGGGAACCCCAUCUACCACCUGGCUGAGGACAAUGGGCUGCUGGAGCACACCACAGAGGAGGAGAGGAGUGUGGGCCGCAUUAGCCUCUAUGCCAAGAAUGGUGUGGCCCACUACCAGACCAACAACGGCAAGCGGAUCCCAAAGGAUCUGGUGGAGGAGUUCAGUGACCUGUACAAUGAGGUGUAUGAGCUGACUCAGGAGUUCUUCCAGAAUGGAAAGCCUGUGGGAGCCGAGAGUCAAAACAGUGUUGGGAUCUUCACACGAGAUGUGGUGCGCAAGAAGAUCAUGCUAGAUCCCUAUGACUCAGAAAGCACCAAGAAACUCAAGUUAUCUAU